AUGUAGAUGUUUACGACGCGCGCGUAACUGGUAGCAUUGUCUGAGUGAUGGACGGAGGCACGGCGCCCAGCUGUGGCGCAAAUCAGACACUGGAGCACCUGUCUUUGUCGACAAUUCCUGUUACCCAGCCGCCGUCUGCGACCCCUGUGCGAUCGGACGGGCCCGGCCCGCGUGCCUCCCACCCAGUGUCCGUAUGUGGGCCGCCGCCGGCGCCGGCCGCGGUGGCAGCGACGUCCCAGCAGCAGCAGCAGCAGCAGCAGGUGAUGGAGAACAGGGUGCUGGGAGAACUGCCGGCCGAUCUGUUCUGCGGCGGACCCGACCCGUCCCGCAUCCCCGGACUGGUCAUCGAACAGGUAUCUGUGUCGGUGGACUCGUCCAGCCGCGAGCCGCCGCCGCCGCCCAGUGAGGAGGUCAUUGUGGUGGACGUCGACCUGGGCACGCCAGUCAGCGAGACGGGCGUCGGCCGGCCCCUGCUCCAGUUCACCACUCCCGUCUCGGUGCCCUGCUCCACCGGCGCGGACGGCGGCGGCGGCCAGCCGGAGGCGCGGCCCGGCCGGCGCGGCCGCGAGCCGGCACUGCCGUCCAUGGAGACGCUCCGGCCGAGCGGCGGGGUCACCCUCACCCCGGUCUCACUGCCGGCCGCCAGCCGCAGCGUCGUCACAGCCGCCUCCGUCGCUGCGCCCGUCGUCCCGGUCAGCAGUGAGCCAAACUACGACGUCAUCAUGUCUUCCUGUCUGCCCAGCGGGCCGCUGGUUCAGCUCAACAAUGCCGACCUGGAGGUACUGCCGCUGCCCGCCUCGCACGCGCCGCUCGACGUCACCAGCUUCUGCACGGACUCAUCGGACGGCAUCGGCUCGCCGCCGAAGCUCGAGCUGCUCAGUGCCGUGCCGCUCUCACUGCCGCAGGUGGAGACUCCCCUGUCGACGGCCGCUGUCGUCUCGUCGGCGCCGUCAGUGGUGGUGAGCUCGGCCGGCCGGCUGCCUCCUCCGUACCCACAGCGCGCCAGGGCGGCAGCGGGCACCGCGCGACUCUCGGCCAUCUGCCAACAGCUAGUCGAGCGAGUGGAGGCGCACAAGUGCUCGCUGUGCAGCUACGUGUCGCUCCAGAGGGAGGAUGUUACCGCGCACUUGCUGGCCAGUCACCGGCCAGAACUCGAGCGGCGCCGGUCGGGCGAGCGGCGUCGCACCGCUCGCUCUCCGCCGUCGCGAGUGGUCAGUGCCACCAGCGUGGCGCACUGUCUCGUCGACGCACACGGCAGGGUUCGUGUGCAGCCGCGGCCGGCGCCACAGCUGGAGGUCCCGGUAGUGGCCAGUCGCGAGAUCAGCCCGGAUCCGCUGGAUAUCGGCCGUGUUAGUGGUGCUGUCAGUCCGACUGAGCCGCGGUUUGACACGGACUCGGGGAUAACCGACUCGGACGACCUCGAGGUGACCUGGAUGGGUGGUGGGAUGACGGCGACAGACGAUGACCCGGAGCCCGCGGAACCGGAGCCCACAGAACCAGAGACGAACGGUGUGGAUGGGACAGUAACGGUGCCGGUGUCGACGGCGACAACGACGGCGUCGGCGUCGGCGGCUGAGGAGGAGGAGGACGAGGACGACCCUGAGUCUGGUCCGCGCGAGAGCCGCCGCCUGCUGGGGAUAGUGUCCUCCAUGCAGCCGUCAGUGCUACAGGGAGUGCUUGCCGGUAAGAAGAAGGGUCGUCCGCGGGACUCUCGCUCGCUGGGCAUUAGCACACUAGCCGGUGGUAAGGGACGGCCGCCGCAGCGUCAGCUGGAGCGCGCGCUGGGGCUGCUACUGUGCAAGGAGAAGGACUGUGGUGUUCGUCUGAGAGACAGUGAGAAACUUGACCAGCAUCAGCGCUGCCAUCUGUCGGAUAGUCCGAAUGAGUUCGGGUGCACCGAGUGUAACCACACGACGAAAAAGUGGCGUCCUAUGUCGCUGCAUCUGUGGCGUGAGCACCAGAUCGAGUGUGACCUGUUCCACUGUGAUCGGUGUAACUACAAGACGGCGCGAUACUCUCAGCUCAUCAAUGUUCACAUGCCGACGCACGGCCAAGUCCGAAAUUAUUCCUGCGUCACGUGUAACAAGGCGUUCAAGACGGCCAAGCAGCUGCAGAACCACCGAGCCAAGCACCGGCACAAGCAGGACCCGGCAUACAUCGAGUCGUGUCGGUGCAACAUCUGUAACUCAAUACUCUCCGACCGACGUGCUCUGGCACUACACAAACAAAUGGUGCACGAAAAGAAGCGGCAGUUCCAGUGCAAGGCGUGUGGCCACGUCUUCAGCUGUCGCUCCUCGCUGGUGAUGCAUGAGCGGCAGCACUCGGGUCAGAAGCCGUUCGUCUGCGAGCACUGUCCGUACUCCUCCACCGACCACAACACGAUGCGCCGGCACAAGAUGCGACACACGGGAGAGCGGCCGUACAAGUGUCCGCACUGUGACUACUCUUGCAUCCAAUCUACCACAUACAAGAAACAUUUACGCGACAAACAUCCGGGCGAGGCGGUUGAUCUCAUCUUCUCCUGUCAUGUGUGUAUGUUCAAGACGAUCCAGCGCUCGGCGUACGUCCGUCACAUGCAAGACCAUCCGGACGCGGGCCCGCCUCCGGAUAAGCCCCCCGGUCCUCAGCCGGCCAAACCGCCUGCCGCCGGCUCUCAGCAGUCGGCGCCGGCGCCGCUGACGCUGCUCCAGCCGCAGGGGGAGCUGCAGCAGCACGUGGUACGGGUGCAGGAGGCGCCGCCACCAGCCCAGCCGCCGCUGCCGGUCGUCUCGGCCGGCUCGCUGAAGAUGGCGCCGGUGGCCGGCGGGCUGACCACCGCUACUGUGUACCAGCUGGUACCGCAGAGCGGCGGCCGGCCGCCGGUCAUGACCACCGCUCAGGUGCAGGUGGUGGCGCCUACAGCAUCGGUCGGCCGGCCAGCGAGGGCCACACGCGGCUCCCGUUCCGCUGGUGCCAGGAGGGCCGCGCAGUGAGGAGGUAUCGCCGUCCGCUGGGUGAUCGGGGUGUCCUCAGAUGUGAGUCAGUGAGGGGUCCGCUGGCCGGCUGACGGCAGCAGUUAUCUCGGUUUUUGACAGUGUCGUGAUGAGGUGGCAUAGAUCAAACUGUGUAUUGUAUAUUACUUUUUUAUUAUUUUCUGGUUCCAGUGUCAGUUUUGUGUCGGGGUGGGUUGUUAGUGACACUGUGGCUGUGUUAUAUAUGUGUCAGGUGAACUGCCGUACUGUUCUGGCAGUGGCCUAGUGAAACUCUGGCUAACUGUGCGUUCUAUGACGGUGUCACAGCUGUUUUGGAGUUGUUUAUGUUUUUGAAGUUGUCUUUUUAAACCGUAGUCUCGAGGACCGCGAAUUUCAUUUCCUGCUCAAACUUUCAUAAGUAAGAUUGUAAAAAUCCUUUUUCCUAGGGAGACAUUGUAUUUGUCAAAAGGCUUGCUUUACAGCUGAGGAGCUUUUUCUCGGUGUAUCUUAUUCCUAAGACACUUCUCCUCAGUAAUUACUCAGUUUGCCACUCAUCGUAGUUACGAAAGAACUUGGUAUAAUUUUCCCCUAUAAUUAUUUGUUAGUUUUAUGCCAUUAUUACAUACCAGCAUCAGAUCGUGUGCCUUUGUUGUGCUUAAGCUGGUCUCUGUUUUCUUUGUUCUACCGAUACCAAGACAUCUCACGUGUUUAUUUAGGUAUUUCGGUCCAUGCAAUGAGACGAUAUCAAAUAUUUACGAUGUGCAGCUUGGUGUUUCGGGAAGAUAGUCGUUUCCUUUUGUAAACAUGUGACUGCCGUAUCAUUGUGGCUCAUUUGUAGAUAGUCUCAUCUCGCGUCAUUUUCAUUGGGAAGGGUGUGCCAUGUUCUAUAGUUCGUUUUUCUUAAGUUCGACCCUCACUGUAAUCGUCUCUUUGAACACAGCACGAGAAUCGCUGGCUGAAUUACUGAGAAAACUGGCUGGCGCACAUUGAUUUCACAGACGAUUAAUUUUACUCAAAAUUAUUUCUCCCUGGCUCUUAUUUUCCAGACUGCUAGCUCGUAUUUGCCUUUAUAUACAACCCCACAGGGAUAGACGUCUUGUCAGAAAUUAUAAAUGAACUGAUCAAUAGAUCGCACGGCGUUUAACAGAACGGUAUAUCAUCGGUGUUAAAAAUCUUAUUUGGAAAAUAUUAUUCAUGUCUCCAGUACAAUGUGCGCUAACCAGUUUUCUAAGUAAUUCAGCUAGCAAUUCUCGUGCUAUGUUCAAAAAGAUGUUUACAGUGAGGGUCGAACUUAGAAAAAACGAACUAUACCAAUAUGUAGCCAGUCGUGUCGUCAACCCACCAAGUAUGUUUUUUUGUGAUAUUGGUGGCUGCUUUUCCAAUUGAGAAUAUUCCGUUUUGUUCACACACAUAUAUUAUCCACACCGGUUACACGCUCGUCACAUAAUGAUAUCACACGAUGAGUAUUGUGAAAUGUGCGAACUUUGCGCAGUCUAGGACUCGCGUAUUGCCGGCAUGUUCUGAUAAAUCACUUAUAGCUAGUUUAACAAUGACACUUGAAGCCACUUGCAAAGAACAUAACAACCAGCUUCCCGUCGGCCCGGCGCCGGACCUCCAAUGUGCGGAUGAGUUGGAGCGUUUCACAGCGGCGCUCGACUGAUUUCCUAUCCAAUGUUGAUGCUCACUGUUUUGAUUUAUGAGUUUGGCCACACGGGCCGGCCUGAAGGUGUCAUGUGAGGUGCGUUUGUGGCGGGUGGCACCGGGCCGGGGAAGACACUCAGGUAGAGAAGAGGGCCCAGCCGCUGAGCAAGACAGCGGACUGGGUGGCAUGGCGGCUGCGCUGCGUGCGGAUUUCGUGGGACUGCCUGGCGGUCCCUGAGUACAAGUUUUUGUAAUAAAUGUGACUGGCCGACGCCAGCUCCCUGUGA